AUGUCAUCACCUUCACAGUUCGAGCGAAUGUCUACGGGUGUACCACCAUCCAAAUGUGGUCUUCUUCUUCUUGGCAAUACCGGUGUUGGUAAAUCAUUUUUAGCAAAUAUUUUAUUAGAUCGCGAGGCAUUUGUACAUGAAUCUACGUCAAAUUCAGUAACGCACUUUACUGAACUUGAGGAAUGUCAUGUUGGUCAUACAAGCUAUGCUAUAUUUAAUAUUCCCGGUUUAAUUGAAGCAGAUCAGGCACGUGUCGAUAUGAAUAAAGCUGAAAUUUAUAAAGCAUUUCAGCUACGUCCAACCUCAAUUGUUGCAUUUAUUUUUGGUAGUGAUGCGAAUCUUCGUCUUCGUGACGAAGAUAUCAUUACAUUCAAAGCAACUAAUGAAGCCUAUCGAUUUCAAUCGGAGUCGUUAUUAUUUAUUAUUAAUGGUUUACCUGGUAAUCGUCCACAACAAUAUGAAGGUGAAACAAUAGUUAAACUAGAAGAAUUAUUACAAAUGAAACAUAUUCGUACAUGUUUUUUGAAUCGGAUUAAUAGAGAAGAUAAGAAUGAUAAAAUAGAACUUCGAUUAAAGCUAGUUGAUGCAAUAUUUCGUUGUACGCCACGUAUACAUGAAAGACAUUCAGACAUAAAAUUAAAUGUAGAUGUUAUGAAAGAAUUACAAACUGAAUCAGAAAAAGAGCAAAAUAAUUUUGAAAGUCGUUUAGCUUCAUUGCAAGCACAAAUUAUUGAAAAACAAAAGGAAUUUGAACUACAUAUAGCACAGCAACCGAGGGAAAUAUAUCAUUAUCAUGAGAAACUUAGUGAAAGGGUUGAUAUGUGCGUUAUAUGUUAG